AUGAAGGUCGCUAUCGUUACAGGAGCCUCUUCCGGUAUCGGCCGUGCUACUGCUGUUGAACUCGCCAAGAAAGGCUACGCCAUCGCCAUCACCGCCCGCUCCCAGGAUGAGCUGGAGAAGACCAAAAAAGGAUGCAUCGACGCUGGAUGCCGAUCCGAUAAGGUGAUUGUGAUCCCGGGCGACCUCACUGAAAAGGCCACCGCUGAAAAGGUUGUGGAAGAGACCGUCAGCAAGCUUGGAGGAAUCGAUGUGUUGGUCAACAACGCCGGGUUUGCCAUCGCCGGAAUGCUGUCGGGGAUGCCGGUCGAAGAGUUUGAUCGCCAGAUGAAUUUGAAUGUUAGGAGCCUUCACCAGCUCACCCAGCUUGCCCUCCCCCACCUCCUGAAGUCCCACGGAAAUAUCGUCAACAUCAGCAGCGUUGCGUCGGAAAUGACGCAACCAGCAGCCGGGUUCUACUGCGUCUCCAAGGCUGCCCUCGAUAUGUACACCAAAUGCAUGGCGCUGGAGUUGGCACCCAAGGGCGUCAGGGUCAACAGCAUCAAUCCCGGUCUGAUCGACACGGCUUUCGGGGUCAACGCCGGAAUGUGUACGGAGGAGAACAGGGAUGAGCGAAUGGCUCCUUACAUUGCAGCCUAUCCGAUUGGCAGAGCUGGACUUCCGGAAGAGAUUGCCCACGCUGUCGUCUUCCUGGCCUCAACUGAAUCGAGCUUCACGACUGGUGCCAUUUUGCACGUUGAUGGAGCUCGUCGACUCGGUACCCGGAUCGGUUCG